GGGAAGAGUGCACGGCCGAGCCCGGCGGCAGCACGGAGCGCGAGCGAGCAACUAUGGCCGCGCUCCACAGCGCUCGGUCGAUCUGGGGAUGCUGCAAUCGAUUCGGGCAGCGCGACGUCCGCGCCGGCGGAAUGCAGAAGCGGCCGCGGUAAACAACCAAGGGCCGGCCCGAAAAUGGUUCAUGCGUUGCACGCCUCCGUGAGGUUCUUGGUGCUCUUUGGCGCGGCGUGUUUCCACCCGGCGCAAGUGACACCCAAGGCGGUGGGUACUCCAGCGACAGCGACCACCACGAGUGGGCCACCACCAUCAACGUCAUCAUCAGUGCCCGUGGCGGCGUCGCGUACAAGCUGCCCCCCGCCGGAGAUUGUGUUCAACGGAUCGCUGUUGCAGACAGACAGCAGCACGGCGCAGCAGUUCGGCAACGUGUACGAAGUGCGCUUCAUGGGCCUCUUCGGGGGCGUGACCAAGAAGCGCGCCUGCAAGAUCAAGUGCGUCAAUGGCGUCUGGCUCGGACCUUUGUGUGCCGUCGAGAGCGAGGCCGGAGACGGCGGCCGCUUCCACUCAGUGCUGAAGCCGUGCCCCUUGCCGCCUAUGAAGCCUCACCUGGUAGUGCACCACGAGGGGCGGCCCCUCACUGUCACCGGGCUCAGCCAAAUGGCGCACGAGAGCGUGCUCAGCUUCCGCUGCACCCAGCUGGGCCGCUACAAGUUUGUGGGCAACGCGACUGUGCGCUGUCUCAACGGCCAGUGGUCGGCCGCUAUGCCUAGCUGCCUGGAGACCUCUCAGCAGAGCAACUUAUCCGUGCAGGUGCCACCCACCAUCCUGUACUCGGUGGAGAAAGGAGAGUACGGAGUGUCCGAGGAGGGUGAGCUGGUCGUUUAUCCGGAGACCAACGUGUACCUCUACUGCCUGUAUCAACGGUUCAGCGGCAAUCCGCAAUGGGCCUGGACAUCACAGAGAGACUACGCCAAGGGCUGGAUCCUGUCGGCCGACGAGAAACAGUGGCGCUACGAGCUGCUCAUUUACAAGGCGAAAGAGCACGAUUCCGGGACGUACACUUGCACGACGCCUCGGGGACAGACCAACGAGAUUCACGUCAGAGUCAGAGAUGUAACGUGCCCGCCCAUUGAGGGCUAUGGAGAUGAGAACCGCGUGACCAGUGACCAUGGCAAUCAGAUGCACAGCAAGGCCAAGUUCGCCUGCAUGGAAGGCUACAACCUGGUCGGCUCGGAGGAGGUCGUCUGCAGCCCCUCAGGUCGCUGGUCCGACAAGGCGCCGCACUGCGUAGUGAUACAGUGUCCGGCGAUCCCCACCACGGGUCAUCUCAAGAUGAGCACGCACAACAGGACUUACGGCAUCCGCGUGCACUUCAGCUGUCCGUCUAACUACAGGCUUCUGGGGCCACCGUUCGUCACCUGUUGGAAGAACGAGUCCUGGUCGGACACACCGCCGACCUGUGAACCGAUUCGGUGCCGAAGUCCACUACCACCGGCGCACGGCCGUGUGUUGUACGGAGGCCGGCAGUACCCGGGAGACAGCGUUCACUACACGUGCAACGCGGGCUACGUGCUCAUCGGCGAGUCUGUCAGCGUCUGCCAGGCCAACGGCACUUGGUCCAACAACUUGCCGAAAUGUAAGCCGGCCUGCGAGUUCCCGGGUCAGCCGGCGCACGCGCGCGUUGUGCCGUCCAAGUUUCACUACGACAUCGGCGAGCUGGUGACGGUGGCGUGCAACGCGGGCUUCCGGCUGCUGGGCUCGGCGCAGCUGCGCUGCUCGCGCGAUGGCCACUGGUCGCACCCGUUGCCCCACUGCCGCCGCCUGGUGCUGCACAAGUAGUACCAGCGCGUGCAAGGGGGCAUCAUCAUCCAGCACAUGUCGCCACCGCACCGGACCUGAAACCCGAAUCCUGGAGGCUGCCAGCGCCAGGCUUCGCUGUUCCUUUCUCUUCCGUUUGCUAUCUCUCUCUAUGCCUUCGAGAGCAAGAUAUGCCUUUCCUCUGACGAGGUUUACCCUUACAAAAAUAUAUGUGGGCUACGACAUAAAACUGCGAUACCAAGUUUAGCCAGAGCCGAUACAAACCGAAAAAAAAAAAGUUCUGUGCUGCGCUGCGUUAUGAAAAACAAACAGCAACAUAUGUUGAUCUCGUCGCAAAUUCACAGGUGUAGAUUUUGUCAGUUUUAGAUGUGAGAUCAACAAUUGGCGCAUUCAAGGUAUCGUUCUUCUUUGACUUCGCGAGUUUUUAAGCAAUGCUUAUAAAGCGCGUCUUUUUUUAAACAUUCAGCCGCUGUUUACCUGAGUAUAUAUAUAUAUAUGCUGUGGGCCUUCCUUUUUUGUGUGAUUAUUUAUCCUAAGAUUUCGCCUAUAUUGGGUGACUAAGCACGAAGCACCGUGUUAUAGUAUACUGCAGUGGGCAUUAGCAGAUUUUGAUGGCGUGGUAUAAGCGAAUGGUUCCAACUCAAAGCCCCCUGGGCACAAUUUUGAGUGCAAUAGUUGUGCUAAGGAUGGCAUCCGCUUCCAUUCGCGCGCUAGUGAUAUCAGAAUGAGAUAUCGUCACGCUUAUGUCAGGUCGACCUAAGUAAGGCGCAACAACAAAACUGCUGUCUAUUGCAAAGUGUCUUACCGCUCGCAAAUUUCAACACUGAGGCCCCGUUCACACUAGAGCUCGAAGCAGGCGAAAGUGACAAAACUCACUAGAAAUCGGCUCGCUUCGCCGCCUGAGCGAGCGGAAAGCCGGACGGCGAGCCCGAUAGGUCUCGGACGAAAUGUUUUAGUCACGGCGAUAGCUGAAGGCCUCUCCGCACCACAGGCUGCACUGGCAUAUAAACCACGUGAUGUAAACAUCCGGCCGCAAAUUCAAAAGGACGGCCAAAGAGUCGGCGGUUAUUUUCAUCAAUGCAGUCACAAACUUCCUAUGCUGUAUGACAAAACUCGCAGCCUCUACGAGGCCGCGUUCCUCAAGAGCUUGAUUUGGAUGAAGGUUGCCGAGGAGACGGCGAUUUCACACAAGGUACCAGCGGCAGUGCGUUGACCUGCCCCAACAUAUUUCGCUUUUUGCACAGCCGAGCAAAUCCACCGCCGCCGCUACCGGGGGUGUGCGCUCAUGUAGCUUCUGCUGGUACAUCUCCUGAAAGCAACAGCUUGAAAGGGUCAAAAAUAUUUCUUCUCCGUGUUCAGCAUACGUAACUAAAAUUCGGUGCGGAAUAAAGAAACUCAGAAAAGAGGCAAACUGGCAUGCAUUCACUUCAUUUGCUAACAAAGAGUAGAGCGGUGAAGGCGAUGGCGGCUGCGACAGAGCUAGUGUGAACAUCUUAAAUCAUUGCGGAAAAGGAUUUCCGCCCGCUUUCAUGUUUUCGCUCUCCUGCUGAUUCCCUAGUGUGAACGCAGCCUGAGGGUGUGAGAAAGAAUGAGAGAGAGAGAAUAUGAGGAUGAGACGCGAUUCGUUUGUGUUUCGCAAAGUGUCGCAUUCUGGCUCGGUACAAACGUCGCAGAGCAGUGCUACAUUAUCGUGCCUAUUUUCUUAAUUUUCCAUCGUGCGAAUUUCAUAAGGGAUGCUUAGAGAUAGCAGGUACAUUCUGUGCACGAUUCUUUUUGCCAGCUAGCAUAUGUAUGUGCCUUCUACGAUGACGUCCGAACUUCGCUACCAUGAAUAGGGCAACUCUUCUUGAAAAAUUUGAAACUUUGGUCCACCACGCGUGUUGUAGUUUCCCGGCGUAGGACCCAUCUGAUAGGUACUUAAAGUGGUACGGUUAAACUGCUUAAUAAAGAUGCUCUGGGAUUACACAGCUCCGCCUUUUAUAGUUUUUUUUUUUAAUGGCUGUUGCGCCUGCAGUCUCGUGCUCGCGGCGAUGACCGGAUGGUGGCUCUUCUGACGAACCUUUCUAGAGUGCAGGUUGCUUUUAGAAUUACUUGCCGUUGCUGCAGUAACAAUAUUGUUUUGGAUGGGCGUCUUUAAGUAUUUUAUUUUGUCAGGUAGCUCCGAAACAGCAAUAUCGAUACUCUUUCACGCACAAUAUUCACCGAAAAUCGCGUUCAUUUUUUCCCCUCAGAGUUAUAAAAAAAAAGGGGCGCAUUGGUAUGCAAAGGCUUGCGAACCGUGUGUUUAAUCUGGAGGGACGUGUUUUUUUUUUUUUUUUGACGUUGGUUAUAGCGCUUAAACAUUUUUGCGGACGAGUAUUAAAUUUCUGUCACGGGAAAAAAGGUUUUCGUCGAGUUGAGAAAUUCAUUAUUUAUCUAUUUUUUUAUUUCUUUUCAAGUUAAAUCAAAGUGCACGAAGUGGAUUUGUUUAUAUAAAAGACUGCACUAGGAGUAUGAACUAAGCCUGUAGAACUCCCAUUAACUCGGUUGUGGGGCUUCGGUCUUGUUCAUAUCAGCCAAUGAAGAGCUCACGCCAACCUGCUGCUUGCCCGGCACCGCCAGCAGCGUAUCUACGUACUCCAUCGGCGCCCUUUGAUGUCGAGUGAAGUACUGCAGCAUCUACGUUCAAACGCCCGACUCUCCCGUUUAAAACAAAGGCGUAUGAAUUGAAAAACCCACGCGAUGCAUUCGACUGCGACAUGCGUUGCAACGUUCUGUCGUUAAUGAAACGAAGUGUAGCAGUCGGAGCGUGUUGAGAACGAAGAGAAAAAAAAAGAAAAGCUAUCGCGACUGGCUGUAGAAACGAAUAUGAUCCUUGCUAUUCAUAAUAAAGGAAACAUGAGAGCUAUGACUACACGCGCGAUUCUGCUUUUAAUAAAAUAAGGAAGCGAGCGUAGCAAAAGGAAGUGACAGCGAAAUUUAUCUUCAAACCAGGACGCUAUAAAAAGAAGGCCGAACGCUAUAUAUAUAUAUAUUUUAUAGAAUGCCUAUCACGCAGAACGCUGCACCGGAAGGCGUCGCUCGAUCGCUGGUUCACGUGAAAGGAAGCCAUAUACGCUAUUCUUCCGCGCGGUCUCGCGGUCAUUCGUCGAGCCUAUCGCUAGACGUGCAACAGCAUUACAUAGCAUUUUGUUCGGGAGGCAUAAAAAAUAAAAUCGUGUUUUUGAAGCGACUUUCGAAUGCGUGCAUGACAUGAAGAGAUGCUCCUAUUUUAUGGACGAUAAACCUCAUGAAAAUUGUUACUCUCUCUCUCUUUUUCUUUCUCUGUGGAGCGAUCGUUCUAGUUCGGCAGACACCUGAACGCUUUUGAAACUUAUUUUUGUAUGCAACAGUUCCGGCUGACUAUAUCGUGAAGCAGUGAUGCUACGUAUAUAAAUUUGUCUCCAAUGGCAUCGCGAAUGAGAAACAUCGCUAAGCUCGACGCUGCUGAUAAAUGUAGUUUUUUUUUCCUUUUUUUUUACGAUACCACUUGUUUGCCUGAAGCAUGUGGGCCAGAUAUGCACCUGUAUGAAAUUUGAUGUGUUUCGCGAACCACGCGAUGAACGAAAUCACACCCGUAAUCUCGACUCGAUCGAGACUUACUCGCUUUGUUUAGUCAUUGAACGAAUCGCUGCGAAGCCCGCUACAUUUAGAUAGCGCGACGGUGUCCUCAACGCUGCUGCAUUAUGGCACCGCAGGCAGCGGCUUAUAGUAUAUAACGGACAUUUUCGCUGCUUCUUUCGGCAAUCUAUCCUUCACACUUUUAUUUUUCUUUUGCUGCGCAUUCGCGGUCCUCCUGUCGCGAUCUUCCGCAGAGCGGAUUUGACUUUUGCUCUCACCUCGUCCACCCGCGCCCGCAAAAGAUCUCCGCCGCGCGCAGUCGUACAGCUCCGUCUUGCCGUUCAUUUUUCAUCGAGUGCGUGUGGCAUCAAGGACGCGUGACGUGUGCGGUGACAUCCUCCCUGCCUCCUUGCAACAGGCGCCGACGCUCUGCAACCCGCUGGCUCUCCUGUGUGUCAGCCGCUCGUUCACAAUUCCUUUUAACACGGGGCGAGACAUUCGCCGAGGAAGAUGAGAAGCGAGGUAGAGCACGUCUCGGUCGAGACGCGCCGCGCAGAAGCUUGCGGUUUGUUCCUCACGAAGGGCUAUAUAUAUUUAUAU